AUGACAACAAAGUUAGUUCGCGAUCCUGGGUACGCUGACCCGGUGAAAGCAUUCCGUAUAGGUGCGACAUGCAACAUUUUGUCGUUCACAAUACCCGAUGAGACGGAAGUUGAUAUUACUAGGUUGGAACUGAGCAGGUUAGGACAAGACUAUUGCCUUAUGGAGGACUACACUGUGUUCCGAGCUGGCCGACUUGUGGUAUGUAUCGGUCUGCGGUCAGGGACCAACCAUCUCCUCUACGCCUACAACGAGAAGGACGACGUGAUAACUAUGUUGGGACAAGUGAUGACCAAGGAAAAGAAGAUCCCAAAGAGCAUACGGUUUGGUAUCAACACGCGGCUUUAUUUUGGCGAGGAGCAUCUGAGAUUGUGCGCUAUGACUAUGAGGAUCUUCCUAGUGCAUGUACAGGGAGAAUACUUGUGGUCCGACUCGUGGUCGUAUCGAUUCUGGAGAGGUAUGUUCACUCUGGGUCUGUUUGCUCUACCCCAUAAAGAGACCAUCCUUAUACCCCAUCCUAGAGAGCGAUACUGUGUGGAACUGCCGACUGAUCCGACGGUUUGGGCCCGGGGGAAGAAGUUGAGGAAAUACGGCAAGACUUUCCAACUUAGUGUGAAUAUGGAUUUCGAUAUGGACUUAACGUUCUGUGCGCUCUACCAUGAGAAAGUGAACAAAGGCACCUGGUUGGAUGAUCGUUGCCUUGACGUGCUGCUUAUGAUCAAAGAGGAUCCCGGUGGUCCACAGAAUCUGCGUUUCGUGGCGUGGGAGCUCCGAGAUGUGGAGAGUGGCGAUAUAGCUGCUUUAAGUGUGAAGCUGUGGUAUCUCGGAUUCCCCAUGCCCUACAUGCGUGAGAUCCUCGACCCCCUCGGUGGUCGCUGCAUACCCCGAGCGGAGUUCGUCCCCAAAUGGCACGACUGCCGUUGGACUCCCCUCCCACAAGCACCCGAUAACGUAGCAAGCGUGAAGUUGAUAAAAAAGGAGAUAGCCGAGGGCAAGGCCCUCAUUCCUCCUCGUCCUCAGAGGAGAGGGAGCCUAGUUGAGGACUAG